UUCGGUAAUGUCAACGAACGAGGUGGAGUUGGGCAGGCAGGCAGCAACGCAGCAGCGAGCACAGCGUUGCGUGGAUUCCAGCCAAACCCUCCUCUCCUCGUAGAAGAAACCCCCACUCUGCGCUUUGCUGUUGCUGCACAGUGAGGCCACGUCGUAGGGUUUCUUUGGUGGUUUGGUUUGGUUUGCUUUGCUUCUCCCGGCGGCAAGGCGGCUGCGGCCAUCCAUGGAGAUCGGGCAGAACCCGGCGAGCGGCGGCUACUCCAAGGAGCACCAGAAGACCUAUCAGGAGUGGUUCGCCUUCGCCGACUCAGAUGGCGACGGACGCAUCACGGGCCCCGACGCCAUCAAGUUCUUCGCCAUGUCCAAGCUCCCCCGCGCCGACCUCAAGCAGGUCUGGGCCAUCGCGGACUCCAAGCGGCAGGGGUACCUAGGUUUCAGUGAAUUCGUCACGGCAAUGCAGCUUGUCGCUCUGGCGCAAGUGGGGGAUGAGAUCAGCCAAGACAGCCUUAAGCGCGAAGACCUGGGCAACCUGAAUCCUCCAACGAUGGACGGUUUGGAAGCUCUACUUAUGAAAUCAAAGCAUCAUGCUAAGAGAGUUGAUCCAGACAGCGAUGGAUUUCCUCAGGCUCAAUCUUCUGCAACGAGUCAAUGGUUCAGCUCAAAAUCGUCAAAGAAGAUACCCCUGACUGCUGUAACUUCUGUCAUUGAUGGGUUAAAGAAACUAUACAUCGAAAAAUUAAAGCCUUUGGAAGUUACAUACAAAUUCAAUGAUUUUGUAUCUCCAUUGCUGACAAAUAGUGACUUUGAUGCAAAGCCAAUGGUUAUGCUUUUAGGUCAAUAUUCUACGGGGAAAACAACUUUUAUAAAGCAUCUGCUAAGAACAAGCUAUCCAGGUGCCCAUAUUGGACCAGAACCAACAACAGACAGAUUUGUCGUUGUCAUGUCAGGACCUGAUGAAAGGACUAUUCCUGGGAAUACCAUAGCUGUUCAAGCAGACAUGCCUUUCAGUGGUCUUACGACAUUUGGAACUGCUUUUUUAUCCAAGUUUGAAUGCUCUCAGAUGCCACAUCCACUACUAGAGCAUAUCACCUUCGUCGACACGCCUGGUGUUCUUUCUGGCGAGAAGCAACGGACACAACGUAGCUAUGAUUUCACUGGUGUCACAUCGUGGUUUGCGGCCAAGUGUGAUCUUAUUCUUCUUCUGUUUGAUCCUCAUAAACUUGAUAUCAGUGAUGAGUUCAAACGUGUCAUUGGAUCUUUACGCGGGCAUGAUGACAAAAUACGUGUAGUGCUAAACAAGGCAGACCAAGUUGACACCCAGCAGCUUAUGAGAGUAUAUGGUGCGUUAAUGUGGUCUCUUGGGAAAGUUUUGAAUACCCCUGAGGUUGCACGUGUUUAUAUUGGAUCAUUCAAUGACAAACCAGUAAAUGAAUCAGCUGUCGGUCCAAUUGGAAAGGAACUAUUUGAGAGAGAGCAAGACGAUCUCCUUUCUGAUCUAAAAGAUAUACCGAAGAAAGCUUGUGACCGUCGAAUCAAUGAAUUUGUUAAACGUGCCAGAGCAGCCAAGAUUCAUGCCCAUAUAAUUGGUCAUCUGAAGAAGGAGAUGCCUGCUAUGAUGGGCAAAGCCAAAGCUCAGCAGCGACUUAUAGACAAUUUGGAGACUGAAUUUGCAAAGGUUCAAAGGGAGCAACAUCUUCCAGCAGGAGAUUUCCCUUACGUGGAGCAUUACAAAGAUGUCCUGGGUGGGUAUAGCAUCGACAAAUUUGAGAAAAUCAAGCCCAAGAUGGUACAGGCGGUGGAUGAUAUGCUUGGAUACGACAUUCCAGAAGUCCUCAAGAACUUCAGGAACCCAUAUGAGUGAUUGAACAUCUUAUUUAAAUUAUGACCAUGAUGCGAGACUAGUCAGAUUCGGAGGGAUGCUGCCGUCUGCAUUCCAUAGUUUUGCCGCUGUCAGGAAACACAGGAAUUGCUGUGGUCUUGUAGGGCGUUUGUUGGCACACUCUACCCUGUUGUAUCACUGCAUCCAUAAGAAUCUGAGAGCCAUUGCUCAAUUUUUUUUCAACGAAAACGUGCCCUGUUGCAACCCAAUGUACAACAGAACGGAAGCGUGAACUUUGUACGAAAGAAUAUGGUCACAUUGCCUUUUUGUUUCUUA